CAGGGGGAAAGCCCGCAAGCCCCCUCGCGUGUUCGUGCGCGUUCCGGGGCUCGCUCGCUCGCUCGGUGGGCGGAGUUUGGGCGUCCUCAAGUCUCGGGUUCGCUCCACCGCACACCGGACUUGGAACUAAGCAAAGCCGCGAGCCUUCAUCUGCGCCAUGGCCGCCGCCACGUGCACGCGCUUCACCGACGAGUAUCAGCUGUACGAGGAACUCGGCAAGGGAGCCUUUUCAGUGGUGCGUCGCUGCGUCAAAGUGUGCUCGGGCCAAGAGUACGCCGCCAAGAUCAUCAACACCAAGAAACUCUCGGCCAGAGAUCACCAGAAGCUGGAACGAGAGGCUCGCAUCUGCCGCCUGCUCAAACACUCCAACAUUGUCCGUCUCCAUGACAGCAUCUCGGAGGAGGGCUUCCACUACCUCCUUUUUGAUCUUGUGACAGGAGGCGAGCUCUUUGAGGACAUCGUGGCAAGGGAGUACUACAGCGAGGCAGACGCCAGCCAUUGCAUCCAGCAGAUCCUGGAGGCGGUGCUUCACUGCCAUCAGAUGGGUGUGGUCCACCGAGACCUCAAGCCAGAGAACCUGCUCUUGGCCAGCAAGUGCAAGAACGCAGCGGUGAAGCUGGCAGACUUCGGACUGGCAAUCGAGGUCCAAGGAGACCAGCAGGCCUGGUUCGGCUUUGCGGGAACCCCCGGGUAUUUGUCUCCUGAGGUCCUGAGGAAGGAAGCCUACGGGAAGCCAGUGGACAUCUGGGCUUGCGGUGUGAUCCUGUACAUCCUCCUGGUGGGCUACCCUCCCUUCUGGGAUGAAGACCAGCACAAACUCUACCAACAGAUCAAAGCGGGAGCCUAUGACUUCCCGUCUCCAGAGUGGGACACAGUGACACCUGAAGCCAAAAACCUCAUCAACCAGAUGCUGACCAUCCACCCGGCCAAGAGGAUCACGGCCCAGGAGGCCCUCAAGCACCCGUGGGUCUGCCAACGUUCCACAGUGGCGUCCAUGAUGCACAGGCAGGAGACGGUGGAGUGCUUGAAGAAGUUCAACGCCCGCAGGAAGCUAAAGGGCGCCAUCUUGACCACCAUGCUGGUGUCCAGGAACUUCUCUGUGGGUCGUCAGACGACGGCACCGGCGUCUGUCAGCGGUGUGACGGGAAGCGGAGGUGGCAUCGCAGAACAAGCGGCCAAGAGCCUCCUCAGCAAGAAGGUCGACGUCAAGAGCAACAGCAGCAGCAGGAACAACAACAACACAAACACCAAAGUCAACAACUCGGUGACGUCUGCUGCACUGGAGCCUCAGACUACCGUAAUCCAUAAUCCGGUAGACGGGAUCAAGGAAUCGUCAGACAGCAGCAACGCGACCAUCGAGGAUGAAGAUGUAAAAGCUCGCAAGCAGGAGAUCAUCAAGAUCACGGAGCAGCUGAUUGAAGCCGUCAAUAAUGGCGACUUUGAGGCCUACGCGAAGAUUUGUGACCCGGGCCUGACAUCCUUCGAACCCGAGGGUUUGGGGAAUCUGGUGGAGGGGAUGGACUUUCAUCGCUUCUACUUUGACAACUUGUUGUCGAAGAACACCAAGCCCAUCCACACCACCAUCCUCAACCCACACGUCCACAUGAUGGGUGAUGAUGCGGCGUGCAUGGCCUACAUCCGCCUGACGCAGUUCGUGGACGCCGGCGGUCGUCCACGCUCAAGCCAAUCGGAGGAGACCAGGGUGUGGCAGCGUCGCGAUGGACGCUGGCAGAAUAUUCACUUUCACUGCUCAGGAGCUCAAGCCGCACCGCUGCGGGCCUGAGCCACACGUUUGGACAGCUGGGCAGGAUGCUACAGAGCAGAGUUUGACGUCCCGCUUUGUCCCACCUCUCCCGCUUAUGUGUGGUGCCCCCACCGUUCCCUAGCGGACUUGAUGUUGACGCUUCUUGGUGGUGCUCUUGUGCUUUAACCAGACAUACCUUACAUAUGUAAAUGCCGUAUUGGAUGUGGCAAAGUGAAGUCAGGGGUGUCAAACUGGAGGCCCUGGGGGGCAGAUCCAGCCCAAUGCAUCAUUUUGUGUGGGCCCGCUUAUGUUUUCGCACACACAAAAAAAAAAAAAAAAAAGGAUUUAAAAUUUCUGUAGUAUAAAAAUCGGACAAUAUUUCAAUUUUUUCCCCGGUCUUUAGCAAAAUUAGAAAAACUAAAACCCAAAGAAAAAAAAUAUUUAGAUCUUUAUUCCUUUAUUUUUAAAUUAAAUCAAAAAAUAAAAGGUCACCGAUUUCUCCAAUUUUGUUCUUUGCAAUUAAAAUAAAAAUGUAUAUGAAAAUGUAUGAAUAAAUGUAUAAAAUAAAUUAAAAAUAUAAAAAGAGAAUAUUUAAUUGUGUUCCCUUGUUUCAGAUUAAAAUAAAAUAAAAUAAAUCACCCUCCACCCAGUCAAUGGCAGCCAGUGAGUUAACCGCAACGUUGCCACAUUCAAUAUGACUGCAACUCUGGAUAGUAUGUACUGUAUGUCUCUGGUGUUUCCGACCGACCUCUCCUACUUCCUGCUCGUCGCAUGACUCUUCGUCCUCCUCCUGCACGGCAUCAUUCGCCCCUUUGCGCAUGUCGCGCGGCGUCGUUACGACGAUGGCGAGACACACGUGCGAGAGUUUCAAGUGCAUGAAGUUGUCAUGUUCGUCAUCUUUUCAGACAGUUACUGAACUUUUUGCUUCUCGGUGGACUUUGUAGCCGUUUGUGUGCAUGAAGAACAUGAAAAAGUCAAGAACCGCUUAAAAGUACUACGUUGGCAACAAUACUUUGUUUUUUUUUAAGAACUCUUUGACUGUCAUUGAUAGUGAUGGACAACAAUGGCGGCCAAAGAGUUAAUGUAUGUUUUAAUAUAUGUUUCUUUUACCAACUACCACAACGCAUAUUCUCUGUGAAUACUAUAUUCAUACUGGCAGAGUAUGAGUUACCCAUACAUUUGUCUCGUUGUUGUCAUUUUUACAAUUUGAAGCUGUAACAUCAAAUUACUACAAAUUUUAAACAAUCUCAAAAUUUAAAAUUUCAGUUUUACAUACGUGAGGUUUUGUUGGUAAUGAUCUUUAAUGAAGUGUUUUGUUGCCCUAAAUGAAUAAGAUAAUAUUGUGAAAACUUGCAUAUUGUAAAAUAAAUUAAUAUACAGAGUGAUUCAAAAAGAACGUGCCAAGAUCAUCAUUUAUUCAUUUUAAAAUCAUUGAAAUAGACUGAAUUAUUACUUAUAAAUUAAUUAAAUUAGUUUAAAUUAAUCAACUAUUUGAUAAUUUAAUUUUUAAAAAUUUGCCAAGUAAUUUUAACAAAUUAAAAGUCAUAUCGACUUGAUGUUGUCCAUGCCAUUGGUGGUGGUCACAUUGAACACUUGAGCAUGAAAUAAAAACUUGAAGGUAUAUACAAUACUUGUAUCCAGGUAGUUGUUGGUUUUUUUUGGUUUGUUUGUUUUUUUAAAUAUACCCCAAUGGUUUUGGCACAUUCUUUUUGAAUCACCCUGUAUAGUAAUUGUGCCUUGACAAGGAUAGUGAUAACCUCUCGGUUUUUUUUAGACAAAUUGUUAGGUGAAUCAGUAAAACAAAUGGCAUGUGUUAUUUACCUAGUACUGUAUUAGGGCAGGGGCGUCAAGAUUUAUGCAAAAGAGAAAAAUAGGGCAUGCUGGGGGUCGUAAUGUUGCUGCAACUUUGCUCUUAUCCUAAAGAGGACGCCCAAGUACCAAUUGUCAGUCACAUUCUUCUGCUCUGCUCAUUUAGGUUGACAAAAUUCUUUUAGCUAAGCGUUCUAUACUGGCAGCGAAUGAGUUAACCAUACAUUUUUUUCAAUUUUGGAUCAAAAUUUUUUUGAAAUAUAAUUGGGGGGGGGGGGGUCCCAAAUAUCCCAGUUUAAAAAAUAUUUAUUUGAAAGAUUAUCUCUACCUAUGAGU